UCAAGGAGGGGGUUCUGAAGCUCCAGCUGUUUUAGGCCAACCAGUGUGGUCCCAAAGUUGUGAGGAUUUUCCAGUUGUUCAGGUAGGGCUAGAACCUGUACCAGUAGCACACACCCACUCCCCAGUCUCAACAACCAAAAAUGCCUCCAGCCAGACAUUACCAGAUGUGCCCUGGCAGAGAGGGCAGGCUCACCUCUCCCCUCCCCACCUGAGAUCCUCUGAGUUUUGGCUUUGGAGUGUGGAGUGGACUUCAGAAAUGUAUCUUGUAGUCUUCGUGGUUGUGUGAUUUGCACCUCCCCGCCCCCGCCCCUCCAUAGGGCAGAGAAAGUGAACUAUGUAAACCAGACUUCUGGGGGCUGGGGCGCAGUGGAGGUGGCACGUGGGAGGACAGGGGGUAGAGGGGCUGGUGGUGGGGCAAGGACAUUAAAGGAAUGCACUGGGAGUCUGGACUGGAUGGAGAAGGAAGUCCCUCUGGGGGGUCUGAGGACUCCCGAGCUCAGCUCACUGGCAGGUCUUACCUCAGCAGGCAAGGCAGCUGUUGUCUCUGAGAUCAGAAUGUAAUACCAUGUCCGUCUCAGGGGGCUGUGAGGAUCAGAGGAGUUAGUACAUGUGAAGCACUCAGGACAGAGCCUGGCACACAGUGUUAGCUAUAUCAUUAUCAUUAGUCUUCUUAGUUGGGAGUGGCAGGAAACUAACUCAUGUUGUUAGUUUAAGAAAAAAGAAAAAAACGUCAGACCUAGGAAGCUGUUUCAGCAGAAGUUCAUGCUUUAAAAAUACAAGUAGCAGGUGUGUGCUAGCUCUCUGUGUGCUUAGGUGCCCAAGCUACUGAGGUCCAGGCAGCUGAAGAGUGUGGUUAGCAAGAUGAACAAAGAUGCGCAGAUGAGAGCAGCAAUGAACCAAAAGUCGAUAGAAACUGGAGAAAGAGAAUGCCUCAAAAAGUUGCUGAGGGCUUCCCUGUUGCUGAGAGCUAAAUUAAUUGAAUGUGGCUGGAAGGAUCAGUUGAAGGCACACUGUAAAGAGGUAAUUAAAGAAGAAGGACUAGAACACGUUACUGUUGAUGACUUGGUAGCUGAAGUCACACCAAAAGGCAGAGCCCUGGGACCUGACAGUGUAAAGAAGGAGCUCCUACAAAGAGUAAGAACAUUCCUUGCUCAGCAUGCGAGCCUUUAAGAUUGAAUUAUAUUGUGUUGUUUUGUGGUUUUAUUUCCGAAAGUAAAACUUGCCGUAAA